AUGUCAGUUGAACGAGAACAGCCAUACGUGAUCAAGAAAUUAACUCAUGAGUUCCAGGUCGAGCUUCUACAACGCAUAAGUACUAUUGAAUCGCGUCUUGCUGAACUCAGUGGGCAAGGCAAUCGGAAUGAAUCCAAUAAUGAUGUUUCUAAUUUCUCCUUUGGUGAGGAACCCAGCUCACCACUUCUCGAUGCGACCGCCUCACAGCCAUUCCCGGCAAUGCGAAACUCUCCCAUCGACAAUUCAAUAUUCCCUCCUGCUCCCGUAUUAAGAUCGGUUAUCGACACAUAUUUCGAGCAUGUCCACAACCAGCCAUAUUCAUACUUUCAACCGAUCUCCUUCUUGUCUAAACUCGAAUCAAAUGCUCUGCCCCGCUGUCUGGUCUUAGCUGUCCUAUCUUCUGCCGUCAGAUUUUCUGUCCAUGAAUACUACGCAGGAAAGACGCGAGAGGCGUCCGAGAAAUACGCGAGGGAGUCUUGGCUGUCGGUACUAGCGGACCAUCUCACUGUAGAGGACAGUUUGAAUGUACAUGUCGUGCAGACGGUAAACUUGCUGGCCGUUGUGGACUACACCGCUGGUCGUGUUAGCUCAGGGUGGCUGAAGAUCGGUCUUGCAGCCCGCAUCUCCCAAGAUCUCCAUCUGAUGACAGAGCCUGAGGCAUGGCUGCCAUACCCUGAACAAGAAGAACGACGGCGGGCAUUCUGGUCCGCCUAUUUGAUUGACAAGUUGAUCUCGUGUGGUAAAUCUAGACCACUUGUUAUACUGGAUCAAGACUGCAAUGUGCAGCUUCCUUGUGACGAGGAAACUUUCAACAGAGGGGAAUGGAAAAAGACCAACACUCUUGAUCAACUCCUCAACUGGAACACUAAACUCAUUGAUAAUCCUAGCGGGUUCGGCUUGGUCAUUCUGAUGGCGUCCAUAUUCGGGCGCUGCACAAGAUAUGUUCAUCAACAAAAUGGGAAGGCUGACGAAAUCCCACCCUGGGAUACGAAAUCGGAGUUUGCUGGCAUAAACUCAUCUUUAUUGCUGCUCGAGUCCUAUUCCAAGCUGAGCACUCAAAAGGUUUCCGAUAUUGUUCAGCAAAGUCAUCUCGAUCGACAACAGAUUGGACACCUUAUCUUCGCGCACACUUUAUACCAUCUCUGCCAUUGCCUAUUGAAUCACCCUUUCCUGAUGCGCCUCCGUCUCAAGCCAUUCGGCUCAAAGGCCCCGGCAAGUUUCUCCGUUCGGGCCCUACAGGCUGGCUGUGAGCAUGCGAAGCAGUUGAUGGACCUUAUCCGGGAUGCCACGGAGAGUGGGUGUCGGAUAGAGUCUUCAUUCUAUGCGUACUGUAUUGCUGUGGCUGGGGGGAUCCACUCGCUCGCAUCGCAUCUCGAACAUCAGAGUACGGCGCGUCGCCAGUCGGAUAUUAUGCAUUACUUCAACGAGAGCGUCCAGUCCCUAGAGAGAUUGGCAAAGCUUUGGGUCCACGCAUCGAACAUGGCAAUUCGCCUGCGGGAGUUUCAUACUAUUUCUCAUGGCUUCGCCAGUCUGCUGGAUCCAAGGUCUCUGACAGAAGAUCUUGAUCCAUCCUGUGAGGAAGUGUGCUGGUCAAUGAUCGACUACGCCAUUCUAGGCGCGGAUCCGCAUAAGAAGCCGCUCAUUUCCAAGACUGGCUUUUCAAAUCUCCCAUCUCCGAAUCAAUGGGCACUUGGGACUGAGGCCCUUGGUGGAGAAAGUCCACGUUUUGACGGAACAAGCACGGAUAUCUUCAGUGGAUUCUCAGGCAAGUUUUCAGUCCCUCGGUUUGGCAUUCGGUCCGCUCGUAUUAGAUUUGGUAUCAUGGUCAAGAAGAAUCAAUUGUCACCCUGGAAGGGUGUGGUGUCCGGAACAACUGCGGCUAUUCUUGCGAAUGUCCUUGUAUACCCGCUGGAUAUAGUCAAGACGCGGUUGCAGGUCCAAGUUCAACAGCAGGAGCGCAACAACGGCGGUAAGAAAGAUGGGGACAACAAAGCCGAUCGAAGGAAGAUGCAAGACGGGCAGUAUACCGGUGCAGUCGAUGCAAUUCAAAAAAUAUUGCGGCAAGAUGGCAUCUCUGGCUUAUAUACUGGACUUGAGAGCUCCAUUGCUGGCACGGCAUCCAUGAACUUUGCAUACUUCUACUGGUCUGCCGCGGCGCGAUCUGCGUAUCAACAAGGUCUUCAAUACUAUGGUAUCGAAGACUUCAAUAGCAUUGUCAAGGAAUUUGGUCUUGGGGCCGCUGGUGGGGCUUUGGCUCAAUUGUGUACCACUCCCAUCGCGGUGAUUGCUACGAGACAACAAACUUGCAAGGCAGAAGACUGCAAACAGUCCAUGUGGGAGACUAUGAUGGAAAUAGUUCAGAGCGAGGAUGGAUGGAGCGGUUUAUGGCGAGGUUUCAAGGUCAAUCUGAUACUUGUGAUCAAUCCAAUGAUCACUUACGGGGUUUACCAGUGGCUGAGAGGCGGACUUGUUGGGUUGAAGAAGCAACUUGGAUCUGUAGAUGCUUUCUGUUCGUGUUCCAUCCCCUCCUGCGAAAAUGCUGCCAACGCUAACAAUUUUGACUGGGGUUUAGUACUCGGUGCCCUUUCAAAGGUUCUAGCGACCAUCGCCACGCAUCCUCUCAUCGUGGCCAAGGCUAUGUUGCAAUCCAAACCCCCACCGCAGCGCAAUGGCGUGCCUUUCCGGGGAUUUACCGAAGUCCUACUCUACAUAAUGAAGAACGAGGGGAUUCACCGACUAUACAAAGGCCUCAUCCCGCAGAUAGUCAAGGGAUUCAUGGUCCAAGGCCUGAUGAUGAUGUUGAAAGAAAGGUUGGUCUUUUCGUUCGUUCGUCUCUGUCGGUCGCUUUGUUAUUGA